GAGCCUUGAAUGCGAAACGGAAUGUCCACGCAUACAUUCAAAGUUUUAGAACUAUUUACACACCCAUUCAAACGAUGAGCACGUGUGUUAUAAAUGUCACCGGGUUUUGUUAGCUGUCAAACUAAUAUUCUUCACAAAAAUGGAUGUCCUUUCGCGUCCUGCCGAUGAGUUCGAGAAUGACAACCUCGUGGAGGAGAUGUGGGCGAUGAAAGCCUUCGAACAUGCCGAAGUCUAUUUUAACCUCAUAUGCAGCGUUGACCCGCGGUUCCUGAAACUUACCCCCUACGACGAUCAAAUCUACACAACCUUCCGACAAGACUUCCCAGACCUCAAAGUUAGUGUCCUUUCGGAUGACGACCUGAAAACGCCACACGAAAAAGUUCGUUGGCGGUCGUUCACGGAAAAAUUCAACAAAUUAGAGGACUAUUCCUACGGAACCCUGUUAAGGGCUGAUGCUUCCAAAGAAUUUGGUCAGGAUAAUGCUAUUUUCGUCCCGCGUAUCCAGUUUUUAGCGAUAGAAAUUGCUAGGAAUCGUGAAGGAUGCAAUGACCAGUUGCGGGAGAAAUUCAAAGACAAAGUGAAAGCGAAAGACGAGGAAUGAGUGCGGAAUGCAUGCUUAGGUGACUGAGGGGAGGGUUUUAUAAUUAUACGAGACAAAUGAAUAUUUAAACUAUUGUCAUACUCGAAGGAACAUUUAUAGAUUUUAUAAUAUACUUACAAUUUCCGAAA